AUGAAUAUUGAGGUUUUGGACGGUGUCCUUGCACAGAGGGCACCUGAAUUUAAAGAAAAAUUGUGUAGCUGGAAGGUUUUUGAAACAUAUUGGACGCCCAAACAAGGCAAUGAUUUUGAUUGUGGACUUUUCGUUGUCAAGAUGAUGCAAGCAUCACAGUUGGGGCCAGGUUAUAGAAUCCAGGUGAAUAAGCAUACAACUCAUGUCGAUUCUAGUGAAAAGCUUUACUCAUCUUCCUUAGAUAACAUUGUUUAUCUAAUGAAGCGCCAUUGUGAAAUGCAGGAUAAGAUUGAGGACAUGCGAAGGGAGGUAGUUGUUAACUUGGUUAUCAUUGGGGACAACAUGGUGAGAGAUAAAAUCAUAUAUAUGUUACAAGUUUUGUUAAGGGUCAAGGCAUAA